GAGCGGAGUCGCUGCACCUGCCCGAGCGGGGCGGGGCGCCACCCACGACAGGACCCGCCCCGGACCCGCCCUCCCGGCCGCGCCGUCGGGAAACCGGCGAGCGGCUCGGCGGGCGACGGCUCGGUCUCCGCGCGAUAGGAUGUGGUUAGAACCUUGAGGAACUGCGGGUUCCAGAGAGAACACUUUCGGCAGCCAGACUGGAUCCAGAGAGCGGAUGCUUCAGAGGAGUUCAGUUUAACCCAAGGUCUCUUUCUCCAGGGACAAUAAAAGGAACAACGGUGUCCGCCUCUUCAAGGGACCACAGACAGCGCCUGGAUGAGGGUGCUGGAGUGAGGGGUGGCUCCGGGAGGCCUUCCUGGAGGAGGCUGAGGCCCCUGGCGUGGCCACCCUGACAUAUCAAGCUAUUUCCAAAGUGACCCAAGACUUGGUGCUGACCCUGCUGGGAUUCCAGUCGGGCAAAUGAGGCUUCUUCGCAGACGCCACAUGUCCCUGCGCCUAGCCAUGCUGGGCAGCGUCUUCAUGCUCUUCCUCUUCAUCCGGCAAAGGGACGUAAGCAAAAGCCAGCAGCAGGCCAUGGAGAAACCGUGGCUGAAGUCCCUGGUGGGCCAGAAGGACCAUGUCCUGGACCUCAUGCUAGGGGCUGUAAACAACAUUAGAGACGUCAUGCCGAAGCUGCAGAUUAGGGCCCCGGAACCCCAGCAGACUCUGGCCUCCACAAACCGCUCCUGCCUCCCAGGGUUCUAUACCGCUGCUGAGCUGAAGCCCUUCUGGGAACGGCCACCUCAAGACCCCAACAGCCCCGGGGCAGAUGGAAAAGCAUUUCAGAAGAAAGAGUGGACCCCUCUAGAGACCCAGGAAAAGGAAGAGGGUUACAACAAACACUGCUUCAAUGCCUUUGCCAGCGACCGCAUUUCCUUGCAGAGGUCCCUGGGGCCAGACACCCGACCCCCUGAGUGUGUUGACCAGAGAUUCCGGCGUUGUCCCCCACUGCCCACCACCAGCGUGAUCAUUGUGUUCCACAACGAAGCCUGGUCCACUCUGCUGCGCACGGUGUACAGCGUCCUGCACACCAGCCCUGCCGUCUUGCUGAAGGAGAUCAUCCUGGUGGAUGAUGCCAGCACAGAGGACUACCUGAAGGAGAGGCUGGAGCAGUAUGUCCAACACCUGCAGAUCGUGAGGGUGGUGCGGCAACGGGAGCGGAAAGGACUCAUUACAGCCCGGCUGCUGGGGGCCAGUGUGGCGCAGGCCGAGGUGCUCACGUUCCUGGACGCCCACUGUGAGUGCUUCCAUGGCUGGCUGGAGCCCCUCCUGGCUCGAAUUGCUGAGGAUAAGACAGUGGUGGUGAGUCCAGACAUCGUCACCAUCGACCUUAACACCUUCAAGUUCUCCACACCUGUACAGAAAGGCAAAGUCCACAGCCGUGGGAACUUUGACUGGAGCCUGACCUUCGGCUGGGAGGUGCUGCCAGCACAUGAGAAGCAGAGGCGCAAGGAUGAGACCUACCCCAUCAAAUCUCCGACGUUUGCCGGCGGCCUGUUCUCCAUCUCCAAAGCCUACUUUGAGCACAUCGGUACCUAUGACAACCAGAUGGAGAUCUGGGGAGGGGAGAAUGUGGAAAUGUCCUUCCGGGUGUGGCAGUGUGGGGGCCAGCUGGAGAUCAUCCCCUGCUCUGUGGUAGGCCACGUGUUCCGUACCAAGAGUCCUCACACCUUCCCCAAGGGCACCAGUGUCAUCGCGCGCAAUCAGGUGCGCCUGGCUGAGGUCUGGAUGGACAGCUACAAGAAGAUUUUCUAUAGGAGGAAUCUGCAGGCAGCCAAGAUGGUCCAGGAGAAUAAUUUUGGUGACAUCUCGGAGCGGCUGCAGCUGAGGGAGCGGCUCCAUUGCCACAACUUUUCCUGGUAUCUGCAAAAUGUCUACCCGGAGAUGUUUGUCCCUGACCUGAACCCCACCUUCUAUGGAGCCAUCAAGAAUCUUGGCACCAAUCAGUGUUUGGAUGUGGGCGAGAACAACCACGGAGGGAAACCCCUCAUCAUGUAUGACUGCCACAACCUUGGUGGCAAUCAGUACUUUGAGUACACCUCCCAGAGGGACCUUCGUCACAACAUUGGGAAGCAGCUGUGUCUACAUGCCAGUGCCAGCACGCUGGGCCUUAGGAGCUGCCGGUUCAUUGGCAAAAACAGCAAAGUGCCCAAGGACGAGGAAUGGGAAUUGACCCAGGAUCAACUCUUCAGAAACUCAGGAUCGGGCACCUGCCUGAUAUCCCAGGACAAAAAGCCAGCCAUGGCCCCCUGUAACCCCGGUGACCCACGCCAGCUCUGGCUAUUUGUCUAGGCCUGGGAUCAUCCCCAGUGCGCAUCCAACAAGGGCCUCAGGAGGUGGGGUCACCGAACAUCUGGAAGUCUUCUCCCCCAGCUCCUCUGGAGGCCUGAGAGUUGGAUUUCUAAGCCCAGUGGCCAUCAAGGCAGGACCUUCUUAAUUCUUGCAACAAUGGGGGUCCUGUGUUCUUCCUCCAUGCCACUGGAAGAGACCAGGAGGUCACAUAGUACUUGGCCCAAGGCUUUCCACAUCUCCUAGAGACAAUGGCCUCCAAAACAGACUGGAAGUACAUCCUACAGAAGAACUGGAAGUGUAGAGACCCUCCCUUGUUAGCACACCCUAGUGCCAAACCGUUCUGACUUAUACCGAGUGCCUUCAUCCUGUAGUAUUUGCACAAUUAUGCAUGGACGAGACAGGAAAGGAGUGGCCGGAAAGGAGCCGCCAUUGUACCAAUAGGAUUGAGACAGAGCUGGGAUAUAGUUCAGGGAAAGGUCCUGGGUUUGACUCCCUAGUACCACAGAAAACAGAAAGUAAGGAAGGAGAGGAGAGCAGAGACCAGAGGAAGUAGGGGCCUUUUCUGCAGUCACAGCUGGUAGGUGGCUCAGCUAGGGCUGAGGCCCCAUCUUUGGUACUGAACCAGGGCUCCCUCCAGCGCGCAAGAACACUAGACCAUGUAUUUGCUGCCAGCCUUGCCAUUUGUCGACCUCUCUCUGACCAUUCUGACUGGCCAGCUGGCCUCCAGAAAGCCAGGUGGCAAGAUGGGAGACCACGUUGAGAAUCUUGGGCUGUUAGUGUUGAAAGAAGUUCACAGGCUCAGGUGCCGGUGAGUCUCGAGGCGUAAGGCUUUGGCCCCUGUGUUCUAACCCAUACAUAAGGAGAUAAAAAUCAAAGCAGGAACUAGGCAUGAAGGCCCAGGCUUGCAGUCUACUUAGAGACUAACACAUCCUAAAUCCAAGGCCAGCCUGGGCUACAGAGUUCAACCUCAUCUUGAAAGCAAUAAAAAAAUAGCAUGAAGAAUAUGAGGGCAAUGCCUUGCCGCCCCUGAACUAUGCUAGACCAAUUUCUUAAUUUAUUUUUCAGCAGAAGCUAGGCAGGUGUUUUGUCCAAGGUCCCUGGCAAGAUGUUUGGCAGCUCUGAGGGUCCUAGCGAGUCCGAGGGGUCGGGAACAGUGUGCAGUUCCCCAGUACUGACUGGGGAACGAACCCCUCCAGCUGUCCUUGCAUGAGUGCCCUGUGUGGAGCCGACCUGAGGAUGCCAACCCUUUACAAUCAACUUGGACCGCACUGUUCUGCCUGGAAGAAAGUAGGAAUGUCCAGGAAGGCUUUGGGGGACUUCAGUAGCAAGUUGUCACCACAUGAGGGUGCCAUGGGAUCACAGCUGCCUCGGACUCCAUGUACCUGCACAUUGCAGGAAGUGCAGGAAGUCUCCCGUGUUCCCUCGGUGACAGGGGUGGUCUAGCCAAAAGGAAGGAAACUGGCCAAGCUGUGAUCCAGGGUGGGGGAAGGGAAGAGAGCCUGACAUGGGGACCCGGUGGAAAUAAAGGUUUUAUGGUAUUGGUA